AUGAUCUUAUCCAAGAAGGUGUUUUGUGGAGCUACCAGGCCUCUCCUUGCUCCACUCAUGGCAACCGAUAAUUUGCAGAUUCUACACAAAUGGUUGCUAGGCUGGCUGUUUCUCCGGGCCGAAUGGUUCUUUGGUACCACUCAGAUACAUCCGAAACAUGGUAGAGCAUCGUGGCGCUGGAUUUCCACGACUGCCCUGGAUCCUCAUGGCUUUUUGCGUGAUGAGGAUGUGAUGUUGUCCACUUUUAUGCUCAGUAAUACUCACAUGGCAUGCGAAUAUAUGAUCGUCUGUGUCGCUUUCAUAUAUAUCCGUGGAAGUCUGUAG